AAACGUUUGCUUACAGUCACGUGACGUGAAAGGAAACUCGUUGGAAAUGCUUGUACUAGCCUAGCACGCGCCCUGUCAAAGCAUUUACAAUGAAAAUCAUCAAAAUGAACAGUGAUGCGAAAGCGGAAAGACAACGCAGAUCAUGAUAGCUCGUUUACUUCUUCAGUGCUGGAUGGCAGAUCCGAUCUAAAGCAUUGCAACAAAAACACAGAAGCUGCUUCAGAAGCAGAAGGUUCGGGGAAAGCGAUGCGAAGACGGUACAAGAGGGGUCUGAUGUGGAGGCUAAGGAGGAUACUAAUCUGGGUGCUGGGAAUUUACAUCGCCAUCCCUGUUAUUGUCAAACUCUGCCCAUCCAUACAAGCUAAAUUAGUCUUUUUAAACUUUGUGCGAGUACCGUAUUUUAUAGAUCUUAAGAGGCCGCUGGAUCAGGGGUUAAACCACACACAAAACUUCUACCUGCAGCCAGAGGAAGGAAUCAAUAUUGGCGUAUGGCAUACUGUACCCAUGGUGAUGUGGAGGGAGGCUCAGGGUAAAGAUGCUGAAUGGUUUGACAAAAGCUUCCAGUCCAAUCACCCUGUUAUCCUUUAUCUUCAUGGCAACGCAGGGACAAGAGGAGGGGAUCACAGAGUUCAGCUAUACAAGGUUCUCAGUUCAUUAGGGUAUCAUGUGGUCGCAUUUGAUUAUAGAGGUUGGGGUGACUCUGAAGGCAGCCCAUCAGAGAAAGGCAUGACGUCAGAUGCUCUUUAUCUAUACCAGUGGAUAAAGCAGCGGAUCGGCCAGAAGCCCCUCUACAUUUGGGGACACUCACUGGGCACGGGAGUGGCCACCAACCUAGUGAGACGUCUAUGUGACAGGGGAACUCCACCUGACGCACUGAUUUUAGAGUCACCGUUUACAAAUAUCAGAGAGGAAGCGAAAAGCCACCCCUUUUCUAUGGUUUACAGAUUUCUACCAGGCUUUGACUGGUUCUUCCUUGAUUCUAUAACUGCAAACGACAUACGGUUUGCCAGUGACGAGAAUGUCAACCACAUAUCCUGUCCAGUUUUGAUUCUCCAUGCAGAAGAUGACACAGUUGUACCCUUCCAGCUGGGAAAAAAGCUUUAUGAUUUGGCCGCCCAAAGCAAGAGUUUGAACGGUCAUAAUGUUCAGUUUAUUCCGUUCCCCGGCUCUCUGGGAUACAGACACAAAUUUAUCUACAAGAGUCCACAGCUACCAAAUAUACUCAGUGAUUUCCUCAGUACGGCGCAUCCGCACAUGUAGUGGAGAUCAAUUCACGUGACUGCCCUCUCACACACCAUCAGUCAAACACACACAAAAUGUACUGUACAAUGUCUGCACUGCGUACAUCAUGUGUACAUGCAUGGACUGAAGAUGCACUUAUGUAUUUUUUGCAUUCCUUUAUUUACAAAAAAGCUGGGGAGAAAGUUAUUAUCUUUCAGAGAGUAACAGAGGGCCGGGUGAUUUGUUUUGCUGCCCCUCGUUAUCAUGGUAACAGAUCCGAAGACCCAGCUAGAGCACAGAGUAUGCAAAUUAUUAUGCUAAUAUGCAUAAAAAUUAAUGUUUAGGUCACCUUCGAACUAAAAAGAAGAAUGUGUUAAAUUUUAAGGGGGACUUUUCUAAGACCAGACUUGGAUCAAAGGGAUAAGCAGGACAGUGCAAUGCUAUGAUGUCAACUUACCUGCUGAGAAAACUAACUUACUGACUACGAUUUUAUUUUUACAAACAUAACAAAUCAGAUCGAAAAUAUGGACCUUAUUUUUAAAAUCCACUCAAUGUGAACAGUGAAAUGUUUUACGUUAAACAUGAAUAGUACAAUAAAUGUCAUUUGUUUUUCUUUUUCUCUUUUGAAUUAUGGAAUUUUUAAUUAUCUGAAUAUUGGCUGAAGGUUUGUGUGCUGCCUUGGCGUUUAAUCUUGUGACAUUUUUAGGGAAUUUAUUUUACUGACUACGAUUUUAUUUUUACAAACAUAACAAAUCAGAUCGAAAAUAUGGACCUUAUUUUUAAAAUCCACUCAAUGUGAACAGUGAAAUGUUUUACGUUAAACAUGAAUAGUACAAUAAAUGUCAUUUGUUUUUCUUUUUCUCUUUUGAAUUAUGGAAUUUUUAAUUAUCUGAAUAUUGGCUGAAGGUUUGUGUGCUGCCUUGGCGUUUAAUCUUGUGACAUUUUUAGGGAAUUUAUUUGUAAGUGGAUAAACCAGAAAAUGUUAAAUGGGCAUUAGUCCACUGCAGCUUCUGUCUGUGUACCCUGCAUUGUUUGGCCGCCGGUAUACUUAUGCCACUCUAAAUGCUGCACAACUGCAGGCGAAAGUAAAUGAUUUCGUGAAAUGGGAAUUCCCUUUCCAAAUCCAAUCUGUAAUAUAAAUGCAGUAAGUUACUAAUUUUAGAACAAUACUAGUUUGCAUGUUUGUUACUUAUAACAUGUUGCACUGUUGAAAGAGAGAUGGAAUGCAGAGUCUGUUUCCUUCUUUCUUUUUACAUAUUCUUUUAAAUGUAUAUCCAGACUUUGCACAUUCCAAAUAAAUAGAAAAAUCAAUAAUUCCAUAACAUGUUUACUAACAAUCAAAAACCUUAAUGUAAAUGUAAUAUUCGUAUAUAUAAAAAAAUUAUAUAAAAAACUUUAUUAGUAUAAAAUUACUUCAGUGCUCUUUAAGUCUUUGACAUUAAAACUAGAUUGGCGACUGUCCAUUUUAAAAAUAUCAGAUGUUUUGGUUUUUAUUAGGCUCAUAUCCAGAUACCUCAUAAAUAUUCAUUAUUAAUUUUUAGUAUCUUUGCCAAUCCCUGAUUAGAUUAUGAGCAAAGUAUGUGAGGUCUCCAAAUGAAAUCAUUGUAUUUGAUCCAAAUAUCACUUUUUUGUAUCAUCAAUUAUGUGUUUUUAUUGUGAUGUGUUACUGUAAAAAAAAGAUUUGUUGGUUUAAUUUAAAAAAUUUAAGUUAUCUGAUUGCCUUGAGUCAACUUAACUUAAUUUGUAGUUAACUAAUAUUUUUAUGCAAAAAUAGUUGUCAAUUAAUAUUUUUAAGUUGGAAAAACUGUUAAAAUGUUAAGGCAACCAGGUAACAUAAUUUUAAGUUAAACCAACUUAUUAUUAUUGGCAAUUUUUUUUUAAGGCAUUGUAUUGUAUUUAUAAACAUCAAAGAAAGGCAAUACCUACAUCAAGGACCUAGUUGGGCAAAUACUAAAUCAUGUUUGAGCAAUAAUGACAUCUUUGAUUUGCGUUGAUCUUUUGUCAUGUAAAUGUGAGAAAUAUAUUUUUGCACAGAGUGCAGUAACAACCUUGAUCUAUGUAAUGUGCAAAUGUAAUUCUCAAUGUAAUACAGCCUUACUGAGAAUCAGAAGCUGCUGUAUUGUUGCCCUAUGUGUCAGGUUAUGUUUAUGUCAGAUGGUUAUUUUUCUGUAGGACUGAUAAUGGCAAGGUCGUGUGCAUGCAAGCCUCAGUAGUACUGUAAAUCAGGCUUUUUGUGCUGAAAUCUCAUGUUUAUAUGCUGCAAAUGUUCUUCCUAGAAAGAAACUGUAGCAUCACGGUAGCUUAUUUCCAAAGUGUGUGUUUUUUUGGGGGGGGAUAAUGGACUGAAACACUGGAGAUAAACACAUUUUUGAAGGACUAUACAGAAAUGUUCCGGAGGAGCGCAAUAAUCCAACAUAAUACAACCAUAUGUAUAAGACCAAAAAUGAUAAAUUAUCACACACACUACUAUAUUUUAUUGUACUAGAAUGUAAAAAAAAUUAUAUUGGGACCACAGUAUAUUUGGAUGUUACUGUUCUGUAGAUUAUAUUCUGCCCUCUUUGUUGAUGUUGACCAAAUUAAGCAAAUAUUUGAAUUGAACAUUUGUUAUAUUUUACAAUUAUAUAGAUUUUUUUGAAUGAAAUACAUCCUGGUUAUUUAAGCAGCAACUUUUACUUUUUCAAAUUAUAUCAUGAGUGGUUUACAAUGUUUGUUUUCCUGUAAGCUGCUAAAACUUACUGGACACAUGCACAGAUGUAGUACAGUAGGCUAUGUUUUUAAACAAUAAAGUAAGCCUACUAAAAAAUGAAAAGCAUUGGUUUCUUAUCUC